UAAACCGAACCGCAAUCAUCACCGGUCUUGGAAGUUCCAAAUCUCUGAAACGGUAGGCAUCGAUCUCUCUCUCUACAGAGUUUGACUUUCACUCUCUCCGUGGAGCACCGCUCAUCUUUCCCGGAGCUGUAGUCAGUGAGGUGACCGGACUAAAUCUCCGCCAUGGAAUCUCGAAACGACGAGGAGGCGCCGUUGAUCUCUGCCUCUGGUGAGGAUCGGAAAGUCAGAGCUGGAAAGUGCUACACAAGGGAUGUUCAUAUCCUCAGCAUCUCCUUUCUGCUAAUCUUCCUCGCUUACGGUGCUGCUCAGAACCUCGAAACUACCGUAAAUAAGGAUUUGGGAACAAUCUCUCUGGGGAUAUUGUAUGUGUCCUUCAUGUUUUGCUCCAUGGUUGCAUCUUUGGUUGUCCGGUUAAUGGGAUCAAAGAAUGCUCUGGUUUUAGGAACUACUGGGUAUUGGCUCUUUGUUGCUGCUAAUCUGAAGCCAUCAUGGUUUACUAUGGUACCAGCCUCUUUAUACCUUGGAUUUGCAGCUUCAAUAAUAUGGGUUGGUCAGGGAACAUACCUUACAUCAAUUGCGAGAAGCCAUGCUACAGAUCAUGGCCUGCAUGAAGGUUCGGUAAUAGGUGUCUUCAAUGGGGAAUUUUGGGCUAUGUUUGCCUGCCACCAGCUGUUUGGGAAUCUCAUCACACUUGCAUUACUGAAAGAUGGAAAGGAAGGAAGCACCAGUGGCACUACCUUAUUGAUGUUGGUGUUUCUCUUCAGUAUGACAUUAGGAACAAUACUUAUGUUCUUCAUUCGGAAAAUUGAUGGAGAAGAUGGAAAAGGACCUGUGGGUUCUCCUGUGGGCUUAGUUGAUUCCUUGGCAUCUCUUCCAAGGAUGAUAAUUACUCCUUUGCUCGACAUACGGAUGCUACUGAUUGUCCCACUCCUUGCAUAUUCAGGAUUGCAACAAGCAUUUGUUUGGGCUGAGUUUACAAAGGAAAUUGUUACGCCGGCGAUUGGUGUCUCAGGUGUUGGUGGGGCGAUGGCAGUCUACGGAGCUCUUGAUGCAGUUUGUUCAAUGACUGCUGGAAGGUUUACCUCUGGUUUGUCAUCGAUCACCUUCAUAGUUUCUGGUGGAGCUGUUGCUCAAGCUUCUGUGUUUCUCUGGCUUCUUCUCGGGUACAGGCAAACUAGCGGAGUACUUGGCACAGCUUACCCACUUAUAAUGGCGGCCAUAUUAGGAAUUGGUGAUGGAAUAUUAAAUACUCAAAUCAGUGCUCUUCUCGCAUUACUCUUCAAACAUGACACGGAAGGAGCAUUUGCGCAGCUAAAAGUAUGGCAGAGCGCAGCAAUAGCGAUAGUGUUCUUCCUAAGCCCGUACAUAUCACUGCAAGCAAUGCUCAUAGUGAUGCUGGUUAUGGUCUGUGUUUCACUCUUCUCUUUCCUGUUUUUAGCUCUUAAGGUAGAGAAUGUAUUUACCCACGACGAAUAACUCUUUGAUCUGUUCACAUUCGGGGAGAUCACAAGUGUGAAAAGCUUAAAACAGUAUUGUCUAUUCAAUUGUAAAGAACAAAAAUGGUCGUUUUGUAUAAUAAUUAAUGUCUCUGGAAGUUCCUUAUAAUUGAGACUUGGGAAGUAUGCAACUUUUCAAUUUUUCAGUCUUUCCUUUAUUCAUGUCCUGGAUAUGACAUUUGUAGCAAACCGA